CCAAUAUAUCACCUCCCCCUUCCACUUUUUAUAAACCCCUUGUAUUCCACUUCUCUCUACACCACCUUAAUUUCUCUCCUUCCCAUUUUUUGCUAUUUUCCCCUCCCUCUCCUCUUCUUCUCUUUGCAAGAACACUUCCAAUCAUUCUUUUGGUUCUUCACUCGUGAUCGAUCGAUUCACUUUUCAAAAAACAAAAAAUAGUUGUGUUUUUUAUUGCAACACGAUUAGUAGCUAUCGUCUGCCUUUUUCUCUUGCCAAAAGCAUUUCUUGUUGUGAUAAUUUUGAUGUCGACGGUGGCGGCGCCGGCGGUGGAGGAUGCGAACAAACACUGGGCGCCGCACGGCGCGGUGCUGACGGCGUUCGUCGUCGGGAUCAACCUGCUCAUGGUCCUCCUCGUGUUCUUCUACUUCUGGCGGUUCUUCUCCGGGAAGCGUGGCCCGCCGCCGUCGUCGUCGUCCAUGGCCGGCGGCGCCGAUGACGAGGAGGCGGCGUCGUCGGACUCGGACACGUCGCCAGCGGCCUCGCCGAGGGUGUCGUGGCGGCGGCUGCGGGAGUGGCCGGCGGGGCGCCGACAGCAGGAGGAGGACAUCGCGUCGUCGCUGCCCGUGUCCGUGUACUCCUCGGCCGACGUCGGGAACGGGAAGGCGGCGGCGGAGUGCGCGGUGUGUAUCGUGGAGUUCCGCGACGGCGACCUGGCGCGCCUCCUCCCGCGGUGCGGCCACCGGUUCCACGCCGACUGCGUCGGCGCGUGGCUGCGCCUCCACUCCACCUGCCCGCUCUGCCGCGCCGCCGCGCUCCCCCUCGCCGCCUCCACCGCCACCGCCUCCGUGCCCAACAACAACGACGACCCAAAGGACGACGCCGCCGCGCACUGCCCGGUGUGAGGAGUGCGCGCGCGCCUGCGCGGCAUCCGCGCCACCACCGCCCCCCUCCCCCUCCCCUCCCCCACCAGCGCAGGCAGCGCAUGCCGCUCGCGCUCUCGCCGGCGCUGCGCGCGACACGCGCCGGCGAGAGCGGCAGCAUAGAGCUUGGACGAUCGAGCACGCAACGGAGGUGGGGCGAGAAGGCGACAGACAAGCAUCGUCGGCGGCGUCUUUGUCCAGAUGGAAUGCAUGGUUGGUGAUGAGAUGAGAUGAGAUGAGACGAGGCGAGAUUUGCCUUCGACUUCAACUCGUACGGCCGCUUUCGUUUACUUUCUUCUUCUCCAUCUCUUCUGCUCUUGUGUCAAAUCAAACUAUACUCUACAUUUUCUUUCUUUGUCUCUUUUUUUUUUGAGGGGAAAGUAUACUCUACAUUAAUUUGUAGUACAUGUGCAUAUCUCAUAAAGGUAUAUAUAUGUAGUACUAUAGGUAUAUAUCUAAAACAUUAAUUUGUGUGUGUGCAUGUCUUUCGAUCUUCUGUAUGGUUCUCUGUGUCAUUUGUUUGAAUGCGAUAUAAUUAGUAGCAGUUGAUCGUUGUAAUCAAGGCGCUGAAUGUAUAUAUAUGGAUGCAAAAAUGCGAGUAAGAAGAGCAUUAUAAAUUAA